GAAGGUGAUGUAUACUGACAGUUAAGAGUUAUCGUGUCGAGUAUAAUUCACAUGCGUCAUGUAUUUUGUUAAUUAAUAUUUAUGAGGCAAAUGCAGACGACUGACAGCGGGUUAGACGUCUUGACUUGUCAGUCGAAUACAAGACAUCGUUGCCGACUGCCUGAAGUGAGAGGUCGGGUUUGCGAGUACUGGUGCUCCUGUUGUAGAAGCUUAUCAAUGUCAAGCUCCUGUCGCGAGUCUUUAGAAAAAAUACAUACAUAAUAUGUACUUAUAGCCAGGUGGUGCAGAAACCAACAGUGAGCUAUUGCCAGCUCUGCGAGGUGGGUGAGAUGGCCUUCCCAAUGCUGCAAGUGACAUCCCUGGCGGGGGAGCGUGACCUGGAAGGGGCAGAGGAAGGCUGCAGCACGGCGGCUGGCCUAGCCCCCGUGGCUGGGGACACGCCCGCCGUGCCUCGUGCCGUGUACGUGAUCGGGGAGGCGGCCAAGCGCUCACGUUCAGCAGGAGUUCUUGGCUGUGGCCGCGUGGCUCCCCUCACACGGGUGGCACCCUCGUCCCGUCCCGGAUCAGCCCAUCGCCCACGCUCUAGCCCGCGUCUGGGUCACCGCCAUGUUCGUGUUACCCCGUAUCCUGCCGAGGGACAAGCCAGACCUGAGGGCAGCCACGCGGGGCAGGUGAUGGAGGGCGGCACGUCGCUGCUACCCAGGCUGAGACGCCACGACUUGACCGCUUGUCUGAGAGGCGAGGACACCCACUCGUCCGGCCUUCGCUCUUCACCUCCCAUCAUGUGCUCCCCUUGCGCGGGGAAAGGGCACCAGUGGUCAGGGAGGUACUCAGUGCCCACCAUCAGUAUAGACCCACACUCCUCCUCCUCCUCUGUGUCCUCCACCUCACACCAUGCCAAGACCUCGUCACAUGAUGGGGAAUGCACUGACAUCAUCAACCUGGAGAACAACAAGUAUGUGACGGAGAGAAUCCACAACCUGGUAUCGGCCUUCAGCCAGCGAGCCAGCCGGGUCAAGGCACACAUCACACAGCCUCUGACACCUUCCACAGAUCUCUCAGAAGGAGCUGCAGAGGAUGGACAGAAUAAGGCCGGGGAGAUGCGCCAACCCUUGGACUCCCUGGAUGAUGAAGGAUCUGCCACCAAGGGAUCUGAGCCUGUGCUGGUGGGCCUUGGGGGCCGGCAGGCGUGGCUGCGUCGGCACCUUCACCACCUCACUUCCACCCUGGCUUUCCCUCAGGCACUGGAACCUCAGAGCCGCCUCUACAUCUACUGGCUGUUGGUGGUGUCGAUUUCCUACGUGUACAACGCCUGUGUCAUCCCACUGCGCUCUGUCUUCACUCACUACCAGACGGAGGACAACUUGGCAUGGUGGCUGACCGCCGACUGCCUGGCUGACCUCAUCUAUAUUGGGGACAUUGUGGUCUUCAAGUCUCGGGUCAUGUACCUGGAUAAUGGUUUCUGGAUCAGCUCCUCGUCUCACAUGCGACGCCAUUACCUCAAGACUGUCAAGUUUAGGUAUGACCUGGUGUCAUUGCUCCCACUGGAACUGCUGUACUUCAAGUUUGGCCCCAUAUCUGUCUUCAGGCUGCCUAGGCUUUUCAAAAUCCACACAUUUUGGGAGUUCUUCAAUCGCCUGGACUCAGUGUUGUCGUCGCCACACGCAGUGAGAGUGAUCCGAACGGUGCUAUACAUGCUGUUCCUCAUCCACCUCAACACCUGUGCCUACUAUGGCUUCUCCAAGUAUGAGGGAAUCGGCUCCAACUUGUGGGUGUUCCAGGGAGAUGGCAAUGCGUACAUCCGGUGCUUCUACUUUGCCACCAAGACUGCCACCAGCAUCGGCAAGAACCCCAAGCCGGAGAACAAGGAAGAAUACUUGUUCAUGACGUGUUCUUGGCUCAUGGGAGUAUUUGUAUUCGCUCUCCUCAUUGGUCAGAUCCGUGACAUCGUGGCCACAGCGACAAGGAACCAGAAUGAGUACAGGAGGGUGAUGGACCACACUCAGGCUUACCUCCACCGCCUCAACCUGCCUGCCUCCCUCCAAGAACGUGUCCGUCUCUGGUUUGCUUACACCUGGCAGAGUCAAAAAACCCUCAAUGAGAUGAAGUGGCUUGAGUCAUUGCCGAAGAAGAUGCGGACAGACAUUGCCAUUAAUGUGCACAUCCAGACCCUGUCCAAGGUGCAGCUGUUCCAGGAUUGUGACAAGGCGCUACUGAGGGACCUCGUGCUGAAGCUGCAGCCUGUCCUCUACCUGCCAGGCGACUUUGUGUGCAAGAAGGGUGAGGUUGGGAAGGAGAUGUAUAUUGUGCAGUCUGGUCAGGUGCUGGUGAUGGGAGGAGACAAGGUUCUGGCCACACUUGGGGAAGGCAGCGUGUUUGGGGAGAUCUCCCUUCUGGCCCUUGCUGGUGGGAACAGGAGGACAGCAAAUGUGAGGUCUCGAGGGUUCAGCAGUCUGUUUGUGCUGAGCAAGGCCGACCUUCAGGCAACCAUCAAGGAUUAUCCUGAAGCACAAGAGAUACUCAAGAAAAAGGCAAAGAAGCUCAUUCAACAAAACGAGGAGAGGGAGAGGCAGGAACCAACAGCUGAUGAGAACGUGAUCAUCAAGUCGAGAGAGGCCACACCCAAGCUGCUUCACACCGUCCUGCAGGUGGUCCGGCCAGACUCCUUCACAGCGAGUGUCAUCAGGAGGUCCUCUCGGUCAGUGUCUCAAAGCUCCCUGCCAUCCCCCUGCCUCUGGACCUCCUCUCAGGCCUCCCCCUACACCUCAGCCUCCUCCUCCACCUCCCAUAGAAGGUCCAGUAGGAGAUACGCGUCAGAACGUAGAAGGCCGUCUCUUGAGGUGCCAACAGUUGUAGGAGGUCACCCUGUUGCCAAAUUGAGUCUGUCCGAGAGUCUGCAGGAGGAAGAGGAAGAGGAGGAGUUUGUGGUUGUGGAGACAUGCCAGGAAUCAACCAGCCCUGCCUCCUCCUGCCACAGCCACCACACCACCAUCACCCUCCACCACUCCUCUCAUCCCUCCAGCCCAGUCCUGCAACCUGCCUCCCCCUGCAUGUCCACCUCAUCCCAUGAAGAUGUUUUUGAGUCAGCGUCUGAACCUGAAAAGCCACUAGUAGGUCAGAGCAGUGUCAGGAGAGAGAACCGUGAGGGGACACUAAAGGAGGCUGAUAAUUCUACCUCAAAUCUAACAUCUCUUGAUGCUGGCCAGAUCCAUAAGUCCCUCGGCCCGUCACAGCAGCAGGAGGAAGAUCUGAUACAGUUGUCACCAGUUAAGGAAAGCAAGGUACCCAGAAAAGACACUGUUGAACCAGACCAAGGCACUAAGGGUUCACAGGCCACUGAGUAUGUUGCUAGUCAGGUCCCUCUUUCAGGGCAGGAGAGGAACAGGUUCACAGAGGCAGGAGACAAUGAGUUGCCAAAUGGAUUCACCUUGUCUGCUCCCUCAACAGCUGGUCAUAACAGAGAACGUGGUGUAAGAAAACAGUCAAUCAGCUCUGCAUCUCUAAAAAGCCGGCAAGCAGCCACAGGAUCUCGUUCAAGCAGCAGCAGUCACAGGAGGGAAAGAACAAGCAGCAGCAGCACCACCAUUAACAGCACUAACAACAGCAAGAAUGUGACAUCCCACUCGAACAGUGCAGUGAAGGACUCAGAGAAAGAAACAAGCCCCACACAGAUGCCUGACCUCAGCUUGUCAUUCCCGUUGCCCUCACAAGAUGGCGACUCAACCUCCACCUCGUCAUUCUGGGAUCAGUCAACCCAUGGCAGGAGUUGUAAGCUGCAGAUGGAAACACCAGUCGCCAACACAGAGCUCCUUGCUGAGGCCAUCCAGUCACCCCCCAGGAGUGCCACCAACACUGAGGACCUGCUUGUCAAGUUUGGUCUGAACCAUGGCGCCAGGGAGAGAAGCUCCCUGAGCCGCCCAUCAGCAAGGGACUCCUGCUCUUCACCUCUCUCCUAUGAACUGCUCUUCACUGAGCUCUCCAAGACCAUGCCCAACACUCGUGACCAGGUCCCUAUUCUUUCCAGUUCCUCCCUUUCCCUGAGCUCAACCUCCUCAGCUUGGCAGCAACCCAUCCUGCUCUCGCCUCGUGCUCCUUCCCAGGCGCUGUCGCCUCCUGCCUCUCUGUCUCCUCACCAGAUCUCCUGCUCAGCCAUUGUCCACAGGGAAUGUACAUCACCGGACACUUCUCCCUUUGAUGCACAGGAGUCUAAACUGUAAUUGAAUUGUGUUAUUAUUGAGGUUAAUGCAUUCCGAACUCCCUUUCCUUAGGUGAUUUUCAUUAUAUUUGUUUAUCUUGGACUCAUUAGAUACUUCUCCUUUUGAUGGCCAGGAGUCUAAACUAUAAGUAUUGGGCAUAAAUUGUGUUAUUGAGGUUAAUGUACUGUAGGCUCUAUAGGUCUAUUUUUCAUGUGAUCUUGUUUAUCUUGGACUUUUCAGACAUUUGUUUGGUGGUCAGGACGUUAGACAAAGAUAUUGUAUUUAAAUUGUGUUCUUAUUGAGGUUAGUGCAUUUCAGAUUCCCUGAGUUUAGUUUUGGUAUGACCUUGUUUAUCUUGGACUCAUUAAACAUUUCUAUUUGAUGCCCAGGAAACGAAAUUCUAAUUAUUCCAUGUAUGUUACUUGGAGUCAUGUUAUUAUUUAGAGGAUUACAGUGUUUGUAUUAGGAAAGAUAUAACCAGUCAUUUGAAUAUAUAGAUGCACAGUGUUUGUAUGAGGAAAGAUAUUUUAAUUUGUGUCAUUCAGUUGAUUUGCUCUGUGUGUAAAUGGGUAGCCUUAGUUGUAUUAAAAUACCUCACCUCUUUUGUUGCGAUCAUUAGAAUGAUGCUUGACAGAUAAUUACGGGUUUAAUGCACAAACACAUCUCAACACAGCUAGAGAUUUCUGUAGCAUUAGUUCAUUGUGAUAAUAAUCUAUCUUUAUACCAGGUUGGCAAUCCCACACAGGGUGGCCUAGACAAAGCACCACACACUCAUACACAGCUUUCACAUUCUUUGCCCUGUCAGCCCCUGGUGGAAGGGAUAGUCUUGUGGACAUAAUAAUAAUAAUAAUAAUAGCAUAUUAGUAGCUGCCUUAAAAUACAGUGAUGUAUGUGGAAUCAACUUUUAUGGUUGAUUUAACUAAGCACUUUUUUUGUUGAGUUUUGUUCAGCAUUUGACUUCAUCUGUAGGUAGAGUUUGUUAAUUGCUAGACUGCAGUUAAAAUCAGCACAUUAUUAGUCGAGAUUGACAUUCAGGUACAAUAUUCAGUAUUAGAGGCAGAAUUUAGUUUGAUAUAUUUUAGAUAUUAAAUUAAUGAAUAUAUUCAGAUAUAAAACGGCCUUGGGUAUACUAUUUCAUAAUAAUUGCAUAAUCUCUGAAUUGUAUGAGUGUUCUCUGUGUCUGAAUAGAAAACAGCCUUCAUGUCAUAGAAAUAUAUUUAUACUAUAUAUGUUACAUGAUAUAUCCAUAUAUUUAUCAUACUAUUUAUGUCACACAGGCAGAGAUGAUGAUAAUAAAUAUGAAUGUACAAUA